AAACCCCACCCCUAACAUACUUGAGUUCCCUUCUCUCCUCCCACCGCCGCCGCCUUCCUUCCUCUCUCUCUCUCUCUCUCUCUCCCCUUCGGUGGCGUCUACGGAGCUUGACGAUGAAGAGAAAGGUCGGCCGCCAAGAGAUGUCGUCGGCGUCAGUGGUCGCCGUCGGAUCCUCCAUUGACGGCGGCGUCGAUCUGAAAACCCUAAUUCACGGUCAUUCUCUCUUCUUCGACCGCCUUGUGGAGCUCAUCCCUGCCCGUUUCUACCUCCCCGUGGAUGACGACAAGCCCUGGUUCCAGGGCCUAUCCAAGGCUGCUAAGGCCGCCGUUAAGGCCGAGUCCCGCGACAACCUCAAGGAGGCCCGCCGCGUACGACUCGACCCUGCCCAGUCCUCCACUACCCUCGAUCUCCUCAAGAGGAGCAUCGAGGCCGAGAAAUCGGCUGCUGAUACUAGCGACGACGAGGAGGAUGACGAGGGCGAGGAGGACGAGGACGAGGAUGAGGAUGAGAUCGGAAGCGAGAGCAUGACCGAGGUCGAGAAUCCCGUUCCCGUGAUCUCCGACAACCGAUCCGUCACGUACGAGGAGCUCCGGCAGCGGCUUCACCGCCGGAUCGAGGAGCUCAGGUCCGGCAGGAACACUCGGCCUCUUUUAAUCAAGAACAGGCCUGAUAAGAGGGAGAAGAAGAAGAACCGAAAUAAGAAGAAGAACAAGGAAGAGGAUGCUUCCACUUCCCAGGGAAAACGAAAGAGAGACGAGAAUGAGACCAGGGAGAAGGGGAAGAAGAAGAAGAGUGAGAAGGCAGAGAGACACAGAGGAGAUGCUGUCGCUCCCGAUAUCUCCUUUGGGCAGGUCAAGAUUGGUGGUGAGGAUGAGCAUAGGAGCAAAAGGAGGAAGCUUUCUAAGCUGCAGGAGUUGGAGAGGGCGAAGAAGCUGCAGGACUCAAAGAAGGAUCCAGAGAAGGGGCUGAUGGUCUCCAAGAAGCAUUCUUGGAAGGCUGCUGUAAGCAGAGCUGCAGGCAUGAAGGUACACGAUGACCCAAAACUGUUGAAGGAGAGCAUGAAGAAGGAGAAGAAGAGGCAGCAGAAACAUGCUGAGAAGUGGGAAGAGAGGAUCAAGAACACUGAAAAUAUUAGAGCAGAGAAGCAGAAGACGAGGGCAGAGAAUAUAAAAGAGAGAAUCAAGCAGAAAAAGAUGAGGCGGAUCGAGAAGAGGGAGAAAAAGCUAAUGCGCCCAGGGUUUGAGGGGCGCAAAGAAGGAUAUAUCAAUGAAUGAGAUCUUUGGCUCUAGGAACUAUCCAAGGUUUCCAAGGUUAAAGAAUAUGAGGUAAUGGAGACCUUUUUAGUCCUGUUUAUCUCUUCUAGGGUUUAAGCAAUCUGUCAACUUGAUCAUCUAGCAGUAUAUGUUUAUUACUAAUGCAAGCUCAGAGUAGUCAUUGUUACUAGCCAAAUCAAUUCAGCAUUUACAUAGUGCAACAAAAAGAAGAAAAGAACUUCAUUAAUUCUCUACGGGCAUUGGCCUUAAUUUUGAUGUGAAGAAACGCCAAAUGGAAGUCAUGUUAAUUCUGUCUUCCAAAUGCCAAAAAAAGUGUCAGAUGCCCUACAGGCACAAGACUACUAUUAUUAGAGGGUCUACUAUUAUUACAGUUUCUUGUGUAAGCUGAUGAUCAAUUGCUAGAGCUGAUAGAGAUAUUUGAUUUCUUAUGACUCUGUAUUCAUGAAUAUCCAUUGGAUGCUGAACUACUUUAGUACUGUUGCAGUUUUUGCUAAUAUACCAUUGUGUCCCUGAUUAUUGUA